UCAAUUCCAUCACAAAGCCUCUUCAAAAAUAACCCACAUCUUUUGUUUCAAAGAUGGGUUGCAAACGCAUCUCUCUUUUCCUUCUUCCACUUCUCACACUCACAAUCUUGUCCGGGGCCGACAAGGCCUUGGCUUCCGACAAGAAACCGCAAGUGAGCCACCGCAACAUAACGGGGUUGGCUGCCGCCGGAGGAGGAAAAGCGACGUUGAAAGGAAGGAAGCAAAAGUCUGGUUGUAACUUGUUUCAAGGGAAAUGGGUUUUCGAUGCUUCGUCUUACCCAUUGUACGAUUCGUCCACGUGUCCUUUCAUCGACGGCCAGUUUGACUGUCUCAAGUUCGGCCGGCCAGACAAAAAGUUCCUCAACUACUCUUGGCAACCUGAUUCAUGCACCAUCCCAAGGUUUGAUGGAGCAGCGUUUCUGAAUCAAUGGAGAGGGAAACGAGUGAUGUUCGUGGGAGACUCACUGAGUGUAAACAUGUGGGAAUCGUUGGGAUGUAUGAUCCAUGCGUCAGUACCAGGCAUCACGACCAAAUUUCUCAGACGUACCCCACUCUCCUUUCUCACUUUCCAGGAAUAUGGAGUUACUUUAUACCUAUACCGAACGCCAUACCUAGUGGAUAUCUCCAAAGAAAAGGUAGGGCGUGUGCUUAACCUUGGAACCAUCGAAAAUGGUGCUGAUGUUUGGAAAGACGUGGACAUUCUUGUGUUCAAUUCUUGGCACUGGUGGGUUAACAAAGGAGUAAAAUCUCAAAGGUGGGAUUUUAUAAGAAAUGGGUCUUCACUGAUAAGAGACAUGAACCGUCUUGAUGCUUUCAACUUAGGACUCACCACUUGGGCUCAAUGGGUUGAUCAAAAUGUUAAUACUUCGCAAACCCGAGUUUUCUUCCAAGGCAUUUCUCCUACACAUUACGUAGGAAAGGAGUGGAAUGAGCCGAUGAAGACUUGCAACGGGCAGAUGCAACCGUUGACAGGGUCGACAUACCCGGGUGGUUCACUUCCUGCAGCAAGCAUUGUGUCACGAGUGUUGAGAUCCAUGAAGACACCCGUUUACCUACUCGACAUCACAACUCUGUCUCAGCUAAGAAAAGAUGCGCAUCCAUCUAUUUAUGGAGUAACUGGACGAACCGAUUGCAGCCACUGGUGCCUUCCUGGCUUGCCGGAUACUUGGAACCAGCUUCUCUAUGCAGCUCUUUCGAUGUGAAGAACUUGACUCAACAUGGUAUAUUACAUUCUUGGAGUCCAAAGGAAAUAAAGGGAACGACUUACAUUUACUUGGAAGGUUUACAAACAGGAUGUCGAUAAAUUAAAGUUGCAAAGCGUUUUAUAUUAUUUUCAUUUGGCGGGGGUGAAACUAUAAUCUACUAAUCUUGUGAUUGUUUCAAGAAAUAAAAUUAUCUAAAGUAGCACAUUAUAUCAUUGCUGGAUUAUUAUGUAUAUCACAGUAAACAUACACGGUUUGUUGUUUC